AUGCUAGAGCGACUCGAUGCACAAGCCAACAAUGCUGAAAGAGCCUCGGAACAAUUGACCAAGACGCUGGAGUCUGUCCAACACCUUCUCAACCCGGACACUCUCACACAGUACCGCUUCAAGAGACCCGCAAGGUUUGACCAGACCAAGCCUCGUCCAGGUCAGACCACUUCGACCCCAUCGAAGCACCAGCUCGGCCCCUUCGCGAAAAUGGUCCUGGACAAGACCAUUUCCUCCCACUAUGCUACCACAAAAGCCAAUCUGCCUACGCCGAUCUCCAACCCAAUCGCCAAAUUGCCAAAACCAUCGCCGCAAGGGACCACGCCUGGAACAAUAAACCCUGCUCAGCUCCAGCAAAGCCGCCAUGGCUACUCAUCAGCAACUCCCACGCCAACCUUUCCUACGGCACAGCCUAUGCCGUCUACUUCCAAGUCAUACCCACAACAAGAAAAGGCAAACGCUGCAGUGGCAAGACUACAGAACCUGAUUUCUGAGAUCUUUGAGGCUGAGGAUCAGAUGCAAGCGGACACAUCUGGCAUGGUAUCGUCAAAUACUGCUCGCUUCUUCAAUGUCGAUGAUGCUGUCGAGGGAACGCCCGUUCUGCAAGCAGCCAUCCAAACCCAGCUCGACACCGCUUUGUACAAGGUUGUCGCCAAUGCUCGCUUACACAGUAUCGACGUCGAAGAUCUGGGCCGUAUACAGCGUUUAUGUGAUCACGCUGUCACUGCUGCCGGUACUUGUAACUAUCGUAUAGACGAUGAUACUCCGCAAGAGGUCGAUGACUGGCUUCACCGCAUUGGUAUUGGAGAGCAAGGUCUGAACGCUUGCAAAACAUUGCUUCGCAUCAUGACGGCAGGUCGGGAAGAGAAGGAAAAACAGCUUUACUCUGAAGAAACGCUCGCCACCCUCUUGAGCAGCCUGAUUCAUGUGGUUGAGACUUGCAUCAUCCCCGUGGUGGAGAUGAGGAGUAAUGGAGAUAUGGCUGAUGCAUUCAAAUUCGCCUCUUCUCAGAGUAAGUCUCUGACACAGGUUUUGACAGUCUGCAUUCGGGUCAUCAAACUCCUCGGCGAUCUUAUUGCCAAAACCGACGUCGAUGAGCGUGUCAUCGUUUCUGCCGAGUUCAUCUGCAAGACGCUGGUGUUCGUUGAGAAUGCGACAUCUGAGAAAGAUUCUGCUCUUGGGAUACAAAGGUUCGAGACGGCCCGUAGGGCUGCCAUGGAUGUGCUAGCCAAGAUCUUCGCUCGUUACCCAGAACAGAGGCAAUCAAUCUUCGACGAGAUCUUGACUUCUCUCGAGAAACUCCCUGUUGGUAGGCAAAGCGCUCGCCAGUUCAAGAUGGUUGAUGCAAAGCCAAUACAGCUGGUGUCUGCUCUACUCAUGCGUUUGGUACAGACCAGUGCAACACGUAUGGAACCCAAGACGAAAUCUGUCACUGAGGAAGACGACACCGAGAGACCUGAGGAAGAUGCAGAGUCUUCCGACGAGGAGUCUGAUGCAGACUCAGACUUCGACAGUGAAAUAGAAAAGAAGCGUCGUGCUAAACGUAAGCCCAAGCCGAAGAAGCGUACAAGCGAUGGACCGGAAGAUCUAGCAUCGGUCACCAAUCCUCUGUACGAAGCUGCAUACAGAGAUGCUCACUAUGUCGUCAAUUACAUGGUUCAGCGUGCUUUGACCUCGACAAAAUCAGGAGACCAGCCUUACAGAAACCUUCUGGACAUUUUCACUGAAGAUUUCCUGAGCGUAUUGGGCAACACCGACUGGCCGGCUGCCGAGAUGUUCCUCCGUGUGCUUCUGGCUAAGAUGUUUGAACUUUCCGAAAACCACAAAGGCUCGGCUCCUUCCAAAGCAAUGGCUCUUGAACUGAUGGGCGGCAUGGCUACCCGAAUUACCGAGCUACGUCUACAAGCUCAGUCUGCAGCUCGCCACCCAAACACAGAACGUUCAGAAGUUACAGCCAAGCUGCUGCAACUUCACGAGAACAUUAUAGCCGAGCAGAUCGAAGAGGACGAGUUGUUGUCAUUCGAUGGUCCGUACCGUGUCAUACUCGAAUAUCUCCAAGCUAGAGGCACGGAUGAUACAGAGUUGAUGACUGCCCGAGGGUACCACACUGUCCAAUGGGCAAAGCAAGUCCUUCAGCUUGGCCAAAGCACCUCGAAGUCAACUAAACUCGAAGAACGCUUGGCUUUUAUGAUCAAGGAUUCGGGAUGGCUCGAAACCGAAUACGACUUCAAGCAAGUCACCACCGAAGACGCAAGAUUUGCAGCUGUCUUGAUCACCAUGAAUUUGCCUUUCUGCCGAGCUUUCAACAAGAUCUUUAGCAAACUUCUUGGUACCAUGGCUGGCGAUCAGGCUUCUUUACGAAGCAAGAGCUUGAAAAGUAUUGAACAACUUCUCGAGAUGGAUCCUACCAUUCUUGAUCAGGGCACUUUCUUCAUCAACAGCAUCAUCAGGUGUCUUGCAGACAACUCGACUCAAGUUCGUGACUCUGCUCUUGGUCUCAUUGCCAAAUGUCUCUCCUUACGUCCAAAACUCGAUACGAUGCUCUACGAGCGCGUCAUUAUGCGAGCUCAGGAUGCCAAUUUGCAUGUUAGAAAGCGUGCGAUGAAGAUGCUGAAAGAUAUGUACCUGCGAAACGAUGCUCUAAACAUGAAAGCAUUGAUCGCAGAUACCCUAAUCAAUCGUGUCACGGAUGCUGAUGAGAGCAUUGUGGAACUUGCUCGUCUGACGUUCGAGGAUAUCUGGAUGACACCCUUCCACGCCAUUUCUGGUUCAGACACCGAUGCAGUCAAGAAGAAGCUCCGCCUACGAGAGCAAACCGGUCUGGUGAUCAAUAUCGUCAAGCGCAAGACUGAGACCACCGAAGCAGUCCUGCCAGAACUUUUGCAGCAAAUUCUGUCAGAGAAGUCCAAAGCGGCAAAAGCAAAUGUCGUCGUGUGCAAGGAGAUGGUGAAGCUCAUGUUCGACGCUAUCGUUGAUCCGAGCGAACUGCCAGAAAGCCCUCCACAGCAGCACGUAUUGCAGACACUCACCAUCUUCUCGGCAGCCAACGCCAAGCUGUUCAAAGCAGACCAAUUGCAAACUCUCCAACCUUAUGUCACGAAUCUCAGCACAGAUGAUAACUUGCUAGUAUAUCGCUCAGCAAUUGUCAUCCUUCGUCACACCUUGCCUCAUAUGAAGAAUCUCAACCGAGACUUCCUCGUCAACAUACAGCAAGCUCUACUUGGAAGCUUUACCAGACUUCCACCUGCCGAGCUCAAGGAAGUAGCAAUCUGUCUCUGGACUCUGGACGGUGAACUGCACAAUACCGAGAGGCUUGUCAAAGUUACGCUUUCACUGUACGACCAGAUUAAGCGAGGCUUGCCUGUUGACAUGAACAGCAACCCAGCUGUAGCGCAAAAGACGAGGAGACUAAUUACCAUUGCCGGCCAUUUUGGCAAAGCCUUCAACCUUGAUGAUCACCUCGGUUCAUUCAAGGAGAAGUUCCCAGACUACAAGGGCCAACAUGUGGCAUUCCUCGCUGUAGACUUGAUCUGUCCUUACACAAGCCCUAACCAACCCAUGGUUCUUCGUCAAGCAGCACUCGACAGUGUUUGCAUGCUGUGUCAAGCUUGGCCAGGUCAGUUGAUGCGUGCAGAUGUAUGUAAUGCAUUCAAACUCGCGCUAGAGUCUGACGAUCAACAACUUCCGAUGACACUGAUCGUUGGUCUGAAAGACUUCUACUGUGCUGGUGACAAGCCUGGCGAGUCGAGUCUGGUUCAAGUCGGUACUGGCGUGGAAGCUGGCACUGAAAGACUCGGCAACACCUACAUGGCUACCGAUCGCGACGGCGCAGCCACUUCUAUCGCGCAACAAUUUCUGGGUAGAAUCCGCGAUGUUGCGCUUACCUCAGCCGACACCCUCGCGUUCAACGCAGUCCAAGUGGUUGCUAGUAUUGGCCGCCAAGGACUUGUCCAUCCCAAGGAGACAGGGCCCUGCUUCAUCGCGCUCGAGACUUGUCCAGAUACCAAGAUAGCCACAUUUGCCUUCCAGGAGCAUAUGGGGCUUUACAGCAAGCACGAAGCCAUGUUCGAGAAGGAGCACAUCGGCGCUGUCCAUCAGGCGUUCACGUACCAGCAAAACGUGGCCAAGAGCAACCAGGGAUACGCAGGAACGCCACCGACAUCGGUGAUGCACCACUUCUGGGAAGUCCUCAAAACAGGAAAGGCCAAGAUCCGCAUCAAGUUCCUGACAGCAAUCUGCGGCAAAGCAGGUGUAGGUUUUGAUGUCACCAAAGUUGACAUGUCUGGUCCACUUCCAUUUCAUGUCGCUUUCACCCGAUUCGUAUCUGAGAAUCUGGCUUUCUUCGACUACGCCAAAUUUGAUGAGCUCCAGCACCUUAUUGAGUGUAUCGAGAAAGUUAUGGCCAACACCGGUACUCCCGUCGCUCAUAUGGUCGACGUCGACAUUCUUCGCAUGCUCAUUGAGAAGGAUGCCCCAAUGGUCGAUGGCGAGAACGGCAUCGCUGUUGGUAUUCCUUCUUCUCAGAGCAAGCCAGUCGACCCAGCUCGAUUACGCGAGUUGACUGUCUACGUUCAGGUUCUCCUGCUCCUGUGGGAAACACGUACAUACCUUCGACGACUUUGGAACGUCAGCAAACACCAGGCAGCCGCAAAGGCUAAGGCGAGCAAAGAAACCGUGCGUGCAUUGCAGCGCAUUCCCAACUCGACAAAUCUGACUGAGAGAUAUCUUGCACGCAAUCAAGAGAUCAUGGCAGCUCUUGAGACGCCUGAAGGGCAGCUCAGCCUUUGCAACUCGUUCUCAGAAGUCAUGGCAGUCGACAGCGAACUCAGAGUCGACAAGGAGGAUGCAGAAGGUGACAUGGAUACUUCAAUGACGAUGAAUGGCGACGGCUACGAAACUCCAAGUGAGAGAGGCGAGAGCGCGACCCCUGGCAGUGGACAAAAGCGUGGUCGCAAGAGAAAGAGCAUUGAUUCUAAUCAGAACACGCCUAGAAAGAAGGGACGGCCAAAGAAGAGUUCGAGUGUGCAAGGCCGCUCGGUGUCUUUUGCUUGA